AUGGUCCGCGUGCAGAACGACAUGCUGACCGCGCAGUACACCUCGAAGGACGGGUCGCGCCACGAGCUCGCCCUGGUGCCCAACAUGCAGGUGCAGGACCAGCUCUUCAGCCAGCUCGCGGAGAAGAAGGUCGACGUCGUGAUGCAGAACGCCAACGCGUCCAACGGCGGCCCCUUCGAGUUCCUGGGGCGCUUCGCGGGCCCCAUCGCGUGGCUCAUCGCCGGCCUGCUGCUGCUCUUCGGCGGCACCGGCGCCGGCGGGCCAGCCGGCCCGAUGGGCCAGAAUCCGUUCCAGCUCGGCAAGUCCCCCGCCAAGAUCAUCAAGGACGGCGACACCAAGGUGAAGUUCCCAGACGUGGCCGGGUGCGACCAGGCCAAGGAGGAGCUGGUCGAGGUGGUGGACUUCUUGAAGAACACGUCUCGCUACGCGGAGCUCGGCGCCAAGAUCCCCAAGGGCGCGCUGCUGGUCGGUCCCCCUGGCACUGGCAAGACGCUGCUCGCGAAGGCCGUGGCAGGCGAGGCAGGCGUGCCCUUCUUCAGCGUAUCGGCCGCCGAGUUUGUCGAGGUCUUCGCCGGCAUCGGCGCCUCCCGCGUCCGCGACCUCUUCGCGGACGCGAAGAAGAACGCCCCGUGCAUCAUCUUCAUCGACGAGAUCGACGCCGUGGGGCGCCAGCGCAGUGCGGGCUUCGGGCAGGGCAACGAUGAGAGAGAGCAGACUGUGAACCAGCUGCUCACCGAGAUGGACGGCUUCGAGGCCAACAACGGCGUGGUGGUGCUCGCGGCGACCAAUCGCGCUGACGUGCUGGACAACGCCCUGACACGUCCCGGUCGUUUUGACCGCAAGAUCCAGGUGGACCCGCCUGAUGUGGAGGGCCGAGCCGCCAUUCUCAAGGUGCAUGCGAAGGACAAGUCGCUGGCGCCCUCGGUCGACCUCGGCAUGGUGGCGCGCCAGACGCCCGGCAUGUCUGGCGCUGACCUGGCCAACUUGCUCAAUGAAGGGGCCAUCCUGGCAGCCAGGCGCAACGCCUCCGAGAUAGAGCAGGACGACAUUGCGAGCGCCCUGGAGCGCAUCCAGAUCGGACUUGAGAAGAAGGACGGCGUCAUGUCCGAGAAGAAGAGGCGCCUGGUGGCGUACCACGAGGCGGGCCACGCCAUCCUCGGCGCGCUGAUGAACGACUACGACGUUGUGGCGAAGAUCAGCAUUGUUCCUCGAGGCCCUGCUGGCGGCGUGACCAUCUUCAUGCCGACGGAGGACCGCUUGAACUCGGGGCUCUACUCCAAGGAGUUCCUGGAGAAUCGCAUGUGUGUCGCGCUGGGUGGCCGCAUCGCGGAGGAAAUCAUCAACGGCAAAGACAACGUCACCACUGGUGCUUCGAACGACUUCCAGCAGUGCACCCAGGUGGCCAACGCGAUGGUCUCGCAGCUGGGCAUGUCCGAUGUCAUCGGCCAGCGCGUCGUUGGCGGGCAGGACGACGGCGGCAACCCGUUCAUGGGCCGCGACAUGAUGGGCGGGGGCGGGGCCCCGCCGGUCUCGCAGAGCCUGCGGGAGAAGGUGGACGCCGAGGUGAAGCGCAUCGUGGACGCCCAGUACGAGCGCGGCAUGUCCCUCAUCAGGUCAAACAUGUACAUCCUGGACGAGCUGGCGAACCUGCUGCUCGAGCGCGAGAAGGUCAACGGGGACGAGCUCGUCAAGCUCAUCAACAAGGC